AUGACACAAGGUUUUGGAAAAAUCUCUAAAAAACUAAGCAAAACACACAAUAAACAAAUAAAAUUAAAGCGUGGAGCACGAGUGAUUCAAUCUAAAAAAGCAUCAAUAAAGAAAGCACAAAAUCUUCAACGAGCACUGACAAAGUCAAUUAAUGAAAAAAAUGAAGCAAUUUUGGCACAGCGUGCAAGUUAUUCCGGGAGUUUUUCAUUAAUCAAACCAAAAAAAUUAUUAUCAAACUCUUCAAAAAAAAAUGCAAAAUAA